AUACAGGAGGUGCUCUGAGCCUGGAGGGGUUUGGGGGGCUAGGAGGCAGCGGAGGUGUGUGCUGUGAGGGUACUCGAGUUGGGAGGCAGCGGCGGGUGAAGGAGGACGCUGUGGGCUUGGAGGAUCUGGUGGUGCUGUGAGGCUAGGGAUGCCGAGUAUUUCGGCGCUGGAUGCAGCGGGGCUGAGUGGUGUUUGCUGUUGCUGUGGGUAGCCUUUACAUGGUGGGGGCUGGGUGCCAGAGAGCGUCUUGGCACCACGAGGCAAGGUGCUGCUGAACUGGGGGAGCUCGGCAUCGUGGAACUGGGUGCCGCUGGAGGAUGCCUCAGGGCCGGGGGGCUGGGUGGCUGGACCCAGCAGGGACCUGGUUGUGCCUAGAUUAGGGCAGUGCCUGACUGGGCCAAGAAGGUUGCAUGUUUCUGCUGGAGCGUCUUCCCUUCGAGUGUGCGAGUUCCUAGGGACAGAGCCGGGUGCUGCCUUGGAGCAGCCUGGCUGUCUCCCUUGAGACUGGCUAUUGUAGGCAAGGAAACCUCUCUGAGAGGCAGGGAAAUGCUGUUUGGAAGAAAGGGCUGCCCCCAAGAACUGCUGUCUGCAGCGUUUUAUCUCUUACCACCCCGGCAGCACAGGGAUGGGUGCCAUCCAGAGGCUGCACAGCAAGAAGUUGUUGCACCACUUGGCACCUGAGAGCUCUUAACAGAUCUAAGGGGUAACGUGGGGAAGGGCACUGAGGAAGGUGCCCGGAGGUUUGCAUGUCCCACUUCUCACUUAUCAGGCUACAGGAGACUUGUCACAUACCUGUGACAAGGAGUGGGCUGGUGGAUCUGGUGUUCUGAUGUCCGUCUGCUCCACAGCCUUCAGGUUAGCCCCCCAUGCGUGUCAGGCAGGGCGAAGGGGAGCCCCUGGCUCCUUUAGACAACCCAUCUGGAUGCUGCAGCUCCUGUCCUUACCCUUCCUGCUGCUGCCUGGUGGCAGUGCAGGGGGCACCGUAGAUCAGGGAGCUGAUCUCCGCUAGAGGGCGGGGAUGUGGCACCACUACCUGGAAUUGUGCCAAGGCAAGCACUUGGCCCAAGCUCAGAAUGUCCCUUGGCAGGACCCUGGGGCAGCCUCACUGCUUAAUAUUGAUGGAUGCUGCCUACGUAGAGACCUGGGGGCGCCAGCCCUGUGGAUCGUUUACCCAGAUGCUGGGCCAGCUCAGGUUCCUCCUUGCUCCUGUACAGCCACUUGGGUGGGACAAGUGGCUGAGCAGACAGGGCAGUGCUGUGCAGCUUGGCCUCAGCCUGGGCCGCUCUUUUCCUGGUGCAUGACAUUGUCCAAGGUGGAUCCAGGCAAGGAGAAGGAAGAAGUGUGUGGACUCUUAGAGUGGGGCUGUGAUGCAGGGAAAGGCACAAUAGCUUUUACAGCUUGGGCCAGAGGUUGAGGGAAGGGAAGUAGCAUCCCAGCCCUGCUUUUUGAAGGUGAGACCAGUUUAGGAGAGAAGGAUAAUCCUGACCUGGAUCCUUUACAUCUUGUGUGGGUUCCCUCAUUCUCCAGUCUGUUGGGAAGGGCUGGAAUUGACCCUAGAACUGACCCAAUAUACUGGGUGCUCAUGCCUUCUCUGGUUUCCUCCAAGUCAGACUCUCCAUGUCACUCCCCCAGUCCCCACCCUACUGGGAAAGAUGAGAUGUGGUCAGAGAGCAUCUGAGCUCAGAGGCCUGUGCACUCCUACUCCAAGCAGAGAGCCAUCCCAGUGACACUGGCACUACAGUCUCCAGGAGUCUGGGCUCAGCUCCCUCUGCUCUGCAUCCUGAGGCAGGGCAAAGAAGAGGUCCCUGUCCUGCUGUGCAGUCGGUGCAGGGAUCUGAGUGACCAGCAUCAGCAUGCCUAGGGGGGGAGACCCCUCCCGAGGGACGCGCAGGCAGCCAGGUGGCCUGCCCACGCUGAGCUCUUCUUCCCCCAGGCGUGGCGUGGCAGGGAUGAGGAGCCGGCAGCGGAUGUUUGCAGCAGCGAUGCGCCUGCUCCUCAAGUGCCUGCGGCUGGGCCGGCGGCGGCGGUUUAAGCUGGUACGGCAGGCAGAGCAGCUGUGGCACUACGGGCACCUCUGCCUCCGUUCCUUGCUCUACAACUCCUUCACCAACGGCGACGUGGUGCUCGACUCUCUCUUUGAGCCUGUCUACUGGCUAGUGGACCAUGUCACCCGGUGGUUUGGUGUGGUAUUUGUGGCACUGGUCAUUGGGCUGACGAGCUCCAUUGUAGCCAUCGUGUACAUCUGCCUGCUGCCCCUCAUCCUGCAGACCUACACACCUGCCUGGAUCUGCUGGCACCUUGCUUAUGGGCACUGGAACCUCAUCAUGAUUGUCUUCCACUACUACAUGGCCAUCACCACCUCACCUGGGCACCCACCACAGGCUAAGGAUGACCUCACUGGUGUCUCCAUCUGCAGGAAAUGCAUUGCCCCCAAGCCAGCUCGCACCCACCACUGCAGCAUCUGCAACAGGUGUGUGCUGAAGAUGGACCAUCACUGUCCCUGGCUAAACAACUGUGUGGGACACUACAACCACCGCUACUUCUUCUCCUUCUGCCUCUUCAUGACUAUGGGCUGCAUCUACUGCAGCAUCAGUGGCUGGGAGAUGUUCCGGGAUGCCUAUGCAGCCAUUGAGAGAAUGAAACUGCUUGAGAAGGAGAGACUGCAGGUGGCUGCCAACCAGACAUACUACCAGACCCCACCCCCCACCUUCCCCUUCCGCCAGCGAGCUUUCCACAAAAGUGUGGUCUACCUCUGGGUCCUGUGCAGCUCAGUUGCAUUGGCCUUGGGUGCCCUCACACUGUGGCAUGCUGCCCUCAUCACUCGUGGGGAAACCAGUAUUGAGCGACAUAUCAACAAGAAGGAGAGGCAGAGACUGCAGAAGAAAGGCAAGGCACUGGCUCACACGUGUCCUUCUGCCCUCUUCACACUUGCCCCAUGGGACAGGCCUGACCUGGGACCUCCCUCCCUGCGUGACUGAGCGGCAUGCACCACUCCUGGCCAUCUGAGCCCCAGGUGCUGCAGACGUCCCUCCCUGCAGGCAGGGUAGGGCACAGGGGCCCUACUCUGCCACCCCUGCUCCCUUUGGCUCAAGGGCACAGUGGAAGGCAGGUGCUGGCAUGCAUCACUAACUGGAGUCAGAGCCAUGAGAAACUCUGGGGACAGUGUUGGUACCUGGCCUGGACCCAUGCUCUCUUGGCUCCUUGGCGGCUGCAGGCAGCCCUGGAGAAAGGUGGCAGUGCUACUGCUCCCUGCUCUAGAUGAAGGUGCUGCGUUUGCUGGCACAGGUACAGGCUAGCAUAUGGCCCCCUCGGGCUCUCUGACAGGGUAGGGCACAGAGGAUGGCAUCCCUGCCCUGCACUCCUCAGGGAGCCUUUUUAAGACCAUCCAAUAAAAACCUUGUAUUUUUUUUUUUAA